AUGGUCUCCCUACUUCUCUUUUUCGCCGCGGCGGCCUGCGCGAAGGCCAGCUUGGGUACCACCACUCCCAACGGCACGGAGCGCUGGCUCGGGAUCCCGUAUGCCUUACCCCCGGUCGGGUCUCUGCGGUUCAAAGCGCCCGUGCCCGUCUCCCAGCCGACGUCCGGUGUGCAGAACGCGAGCACGUUUGGGUACGCAUGCCCGCAGGUGCCUUCGCCUAGUCUUGGAGCGGAAAUGAACGAAAAUUGUCUUAAUAUGAAUAUAUGGCGGCCUGCAAAUACGACCUCAGACGCGGCCUUACCUGUACUUGUAUGGUUUUAUGGUGGUGCAUAUAUGAGCGGUUCAGCCUCUAGCCCUUCAUUCGACCCAACGCGAAUCAUCCAGCGCAGCCUCGUAACCCAGCAACCCAUCCUCUUCGUCUCCUUCAACUACCGCCUGAACACAUUCGGCUUCCUGGCGAGCCAGUACGUCCCGCCCGAAGACCACAACGCAGGCCUGCUCGACCAGCGCGCGGCGCUCGUCUUCAUCCAGGAGAAUAUAGCCGCGUUUGGAGGUGAUCCUGCCAAGGUCACGAUAUGGGGUCAGUCGGCGGGCGCGGGCGGCGUCCUUACCCACCUCCUGUACCCCGCGAGCCAGACGCUCUUCCGCGCGGCCAUCAUGGACUCGAACACCGGGCCCUACAAGAGCUCGCCCUUCGCGUUCCAAUACGACGAGCCCGGCAAACCCUACGCGCGCCUUCUCGCCGCGACCGGGUGCGCCGACGGCCCCGCGUCCUUCGCGUGCCUCCAGGGCGUGCCCUACGAGACAUUGCUGAACAUCAGCAACACCAUGGUGUCCGCGACGCUCAACAGCCAGCUGUGGCAGCCCGCGGUGGGGCCUCCAGGCAGUCUGAUACCGGUGCGGGCGUCGACGAAGAUCGCCUUCGGGGACUUCGUGCGUGUCCCAGUGCUCGCGGGCACGAACAUGAACGAAGGCACCCUCUUCAGCGAGUCCCUUUACAAUCUCUCCGUCCCCUCCUCGCUCGAAACCGCCUCACUCAACACCUUCAUUGGCAACUUAGUCUUAGACAACAGCACGCUCACCCCGGAUGUCCUCGGCAGCAUCGACACGCUCUACCCCGCAAAUGACGGGAGCCUCGGCGGGCCGUAUCACACGGGCGACAGCCUGUUCGACCGCGCGGAGGCGUACUACACGGACGACUUCUUCCUCAGCGCGCGGAGGUUGUUCUUCGCGAGCGCGGCCCCCGCGCAGCCGGUGUUUGGGUACUGGUUCACGGAGUUUAUACCUGGGAAUAAUCCCGUGCUGGGAGUGUAUCACGGAUCUGAGCUGUCCUUGAUAUUCGGCCCGGUACCCAACCCUAUCGAGGAUGAUUUCGCGAACAUCAUCGUGGGGCACUACAUCAACUUCAUCAACGACUUGAAUCCAGGAGCUGAAUGGCCUCAGUACGACGUCGCCGACCCGACAGUGCUGCAGCUCAUGAGGGACAACAUCACGGUCCUGCCCGACACAUGGAGUUUGGCGUCGACGGACUUCUUCAACACCGAGUACGUCCUGAACGAGUUCGAGAAGUAG